AUGGAGUUGAAGAAGAAGAAAGAAGAAGAUGUUAAGAAGCUGGUUGAAGAAUUGAAGAAAACAGCAGGAGAAGCUGAUGAAAACCAGCAGAAGGCUGAUGAAGAUCAGAAGAAAACGACAGAAGAAUCAAAAGUGCCAGAUGAAACUGAGGUAAAAAUUCAAACUGAAUCUUCUAAGUCGUUAAAUAAUGAUGAAAAUGUUGAUAAAACUGAAGAAAAGUGUAGGAAAUGCAUGGAAACGUGCAGAGCCUGUACUGAGAAAGACGAAAAUUUAAAAUCAGGAGAUAUUGAAUUUACAAAAAUUGAAACUGUUUUCAAAACAAAAUGUAAAGAAAUGCUUAAUAAUGAAGAAGUUUUGAAACAAAAAAUUGCAAAGCUAACACUAAAAUGUCAUAAUUUUGAAAAAGAAAAUGAAAUUUUAAAACAAAAGUGUUCGGGAAAAUGUAAUGGUUGUAUUAAGAAAGAUAAUAACAUUCAAGAAUUACAAAAAGAGUAUGAUAGAAGGAAACGGUCAAGUCAUACUGUACAAGAAGCUUAUGAUGAAGAGACAAGUCAAAUACAUGGACGAUAG